AUCAUGCUUGGCUUGAGAAUCAUCGAAAAGUGGAAGUCAUGACUCACCCGGGCCGAAACACCCCACACAAUAGUAAGAACCGUAAACCUUCCCACUCACACCUCAAUCCCUCUCGACAAUGUCACCAACAACGCUGAACUCAGUUCUCCCAAUACCGUCAGAGAUAACAGAACAGGCUCUUACACUUUGCCACCCUCGAGACGUCGCUUCCUUCUCCCAGACCUGCCGCAAAGCACGUCGUCUAGUUUAUGGCACCCCAGAUCAGUAUCUUUGGCGCCAAUUAUUCCUGCUCUUUCCCUUCGAUGACCCUCGGCAGAUCCCAUCCCCAUUUCUGGAACAUGAUCAAUUCAACUGGAGGAAGGAGCUACAUCGCCGAAUGGAGGCACAAUUAAUCGCCUCUCGCACAAGUUCAACACUUGAAGACCUCUUGAGAGCCAUCGAAACUUUUAUUUCAGUCGUACACAGUGCAGCUCCCGUCACAUGGGGACAUGAACGCGUUUCAUCCCCCAAUUUAUUGUGGGUCGUUGACGUCUUACAAUCCACAAACAUGCUUCGCUCUCCAUUACUCUUCUCACAAGAGGGUAACCAAUCCCUAGCUCGCCUCCGAGCAUACCUUGCACUGACAUUGGAUGAGUACGAUGAUGACGAUGACGAAGGGAAGGAAAGGUUGAAAUCGAUACGCACCAGGAGUCGCUGUCAGGUUUAUGACCUACGCAAUUACCAUCAAGACAACGACUGGGGCCCAUUCAACAUCAGAUCAGGAAAAGUCGAUUGGACUCACAUAGAGUCAAUCAUCAACGUUGUCUCCAUGAACCUUGAUGAUCGUCCGUAUGAUUGGCCGGAUACAAGACCGCGUUAUGGGCUCGAAGCUACUCGAGCAUAUUCAGCACCCGGCACCACAGCACCAGCAACACGUGAUUGGGCUGGUGUUGAAGGUCACUGGAGGAGAUACGUCUGCUUCAUGGAUUAUCGAGACCUGUUCGCAUUCAAUUUUGGAAACAGAGGACGCGGACAACAAGAUAGCACCUACUUUGACAGUCCAAAUUUUGAAGAGGCGGCGCGCCUUAUUGAGCUCAAGCUGGUGCUUAUAGACGAUCAAGCGAUACCUGAGGUCUACACGCUUGACCGCUUCCCUGAUUCCCCGUACAAGCACUACCCGACCUUGUAUUUCACUGGAUCAUCUUGGGGUAUACAGGGUAAUGAGGCGACUGUCGUUGGCUCCGUAACCAUGUCGGAAGGCGGUGUAGUACGAUGGCGAUUUGCAUCUAUAUCCAAUGCGCAGAUUCAAUGGAGUUCUGAAGGGGUACAAAUUGGCGGCGUCGCCAGUGCGUUUGGAGUAAUAGGAACAUGGACAGGGUUUAAUCAUGGUCAUGGUGAUCCCGUUGGUCCUUUUUGGCUUUAUAAAGUAGAGGAUGAUCAUCCCAGUUAUAUGCGAGCUCUCAUGAACAUUUCAGUCAAUGCUGGAACCAUGUUAUGAUCUGACACAUACUAUUUUCUUGCGGACAAGUUGUUUUGAAUAUUUGCUUUCGUUUGUAUAUACCCCCAUAGAACGUUAUCGUCGUACCCUGCUGUGAAGGCUCUCAUCCAAUCAUGGUUGCUUAUGUAAUCCAAUGCUUAAGUUUCUUGCGGAAGCAAUUCUUUUUUCUUAACAACCUUCAUCCAGC